GCGAGUUUUGCCUUAUUAAAAAACCCAAAAUCGAUCGAAUGCGUUAAGAGUGACCUCCAAUAAUGACAAUGCUGAUGAUGGAACGAAUUAUAGCAACGGGCCAUAAAAACCAAGAACCGGUGGAGAAAGAACGAUCCCCUUUACACUCAUCCGACUCGCAAAUCUUCCUCCAGCCGAAACGGAUAUCCGAUGAUUCCCGCGACGCCGAAAUGUGCGAAAAAACGUGCGAUACGGACGAAGAGCUCAACGUGGACGUCGAAAACGACGAUACACUGUGUCCUGUGGACCUCACGAGGAGACAGGACAAGUUCACCUCCUUCGAGAACCUGAUCCCAUCGAAUAAGACUGAUUCCAGUGGUGAUUUUCUUAGUUUUAAAGAUGUGAAACGGGCAGAAAGUGUUUGUAGUGAUGAUGUUAGCCGGUCGGAGAGCCCACGAGAUCAAAGUCCGUCGGUUGUGCCUCAUCAGAAUCGCAGAUUGGCGUUCUCGGUCGAAAAUAUCUUGGACCCUAAUAAGUUUACGGGACGACAAGGGGUUUACAGUGACGGGAUUUGUUGUUGGAAGCCGCAUGACGGGUCCAGGGGAUCGCCGGAGUACGACGACAGCGAAACAGGCAAAGACCACCACUCCGACGACGACGACGAGAUCCAAAGCGACAUCAGCGAGGACAUCAAAGACGCCAACUUAAAGAAAAAGAAAUCCGACUCGAAAUCGCAAAAUACCGGAAAACCGCGCCGUGCAAGAACCGCCUUCACGUACGAGCAGCUAGUAGCUUUAGAAAACAAAUUCAAAACCACACGUUACCUCAGCGUCUGCGAAAGACUGAAUCUAGCACUGAGUUUAAGUUUAACAGAAACGCAAGUGAAAAUCUGGUUCCAAAAUCGUCGAACGAAAUGGAAAAAACAGAACCCUGGAAUGGACGUAAAUUCGCCCACCGUUCCGCCGCCGAACGUCGGCUCUGGCGGGGGAUUUCCCGGCUUCCCCGGCCACCACACCCAUUCCGGAUUAUUAUAUUCCCAUCAUGUACCGUACGGGGGUGUCUACCCUUUACAAGCGACGAGUUCCGGGAGUUACGCGCCGUAUUUCCAUUUAGCCAAUCACGGACACAAUUUGGGUUCUUGAAAGUUGAGGUUGUAAGAACCGGAUGAUUGAUCUCGAUGGUGCAAUAAUUAAUUUAGAGACGACCUCGGAAAGUGUGCCAUAAUUUAAUGUAAAUAUUAAGCCGCUGGUACGUUUAGUUUCAUGCCCUGAUCUGUAUAAUUAGUGUAUAAAUCCUCAAUUGUUGUAUCUAGAAAGUGUAUUUAUUAACUGUAUUGUAAAGUUUCU